AUCCCGGAAGCGGUUGUGAAAGAGUGGCUGACAGCACAUUUUGGCGUUUAAAAGUCAUGGCAAAGCCCAGAGUAUCCUCCAUCGAUGGCAAGCUCGCCGAAGAGUUCGCCGCUCCCUCCCACGUGGACGAGGUCAAGGACAAGAUGACCGCUUUUGCCCAGCGUCACGCCGAGGCCGGCCGCCGUGUGGUUCUCAUCACCUCAGGGGGCACCAAAGUCCCCCUGGAGUCUCGCACCGUUCGAUUCCUGGACAACUUCAGCAGCGGCAGGAGGGGCGCGUCAUCGGCGGAGUAUUUCCUGGACGCCGGCUAUGCGGUCAUCUUCCUGCACAGGCAUCGCUCCCUCUAUCCGUACACCCGCACGUUCUCCGCGGUCAACAUGCUGGACACCCUGCAGUUCAAUGCGGGCGACGUGGUGGUGAACCAGCAGGUGGUCCCGAACAUUGCCAAAGUGCUGAAGCGCUACCGUGAAGUGACAGACGGUAAACUCCUUCUCCCCGUCGACUUCAACACCCUGUCGGAGUAUCUGCACCUGCUCAAAGCUGCAGCACAGGCCCUCAGCACUAUAGGAUCCAAGGCUAUGUUUUACCUGGCUGCGGCCGUCUCAGAUUUCUACAUCCCGGCAUCUGAAAUGCCCGAGCACAAAAUUCAGUCUUCGAAUGGACCUCUUCAACUGACCAUGAAUAUGGUCCCUAAAAUCCUGUCCCCGCUGGUGAAGGACUGGGCACCGAAGGCCUUCGUCAUAUCCUUCAAAUUGGAGACGGACGCCAGCAUCCUGCUGGAGAAGGCUCGGCGAGCUCUGGACACCUACAGGCACCAAGUGGUAGUGGCCAACGUGCUGGACUCCAGGCGGGGUUACGUGAUGGUGGUGACCCCGACCAGCCAAGACGAGGUGGUGCUCUCCAAAGAGGACGCCAAAAACGAGGUGGAGAUAGAGGAGAGGAUCGUGACUAACUUGACCGCCGCGCACGACCAUUUUAUUACGCAGCAAGCGGGUUAAGCUUUAUUGGCAUCAGUUGGAGUUUGCUAAUCGCUGAAAACAGUUAAUCAUGUCCUCAAUCAUUAAAUCUAUGCAUCUUUUGUAUCAAGGUUGCUAAUAUUUUGAAGCAAUGGAACCAUCAUGUAAUUAUAUGGCAGAAACAAUAACUACUCUAUUAAAUCAAAUGUAAGUUCA